AUGUCGCGUCGCACACCCCGGAGCGUAAUCGCCUUGGCCGAGGACGGCAGCGCGAUCAGGGGAGAAGCGAGGUCGAAGACGGCCGUGCUGUCUCCCGAUGCCGAAUCCCGAAGCCUGAGCCGUGCGGGAGUGGCCUUGCCGGGCGUGUGCGAUGCGGGCAGAAACGCCCCGACGUCUCUCGGCGAUAUGUCACACGGGAACCACGACCAAAAAGGGCCAGACGGACCUCUGCCCCCGGCGUCACAAACAGCCUUCCGCUCCGACACUCAGAAUGACCAAGGCUUGGCUUUACUUGCUACCUCAAACAGUGGCUCUGGGGCGCCGCAACCACGACCAACAACCAUCCUCCACAUCCGUCGAGUUGUUCGCGAGGUUUGGCUCGAUCUGGUGAAAGCCAUCGCCUCAGGUAGGUCCGGGACCGAAAAGCAUAACCGGAGCUGUGUCUCGUUGCACGUCAACGGAAGAGCGGAGUAUGGCGCAGGCUCGGCGCUGCUGUCACGGUGCACGAUGCAAACGGCAGGCAUGGCGACGCAAUGGAAGCGCGUGGCAAUGGCGGCACGUGGCGCCGAGGGAAAAACCCGGCCGUUUUGA